GGGACGGGGCUGGGCUGUCCCGCCCCGUUCCGCCCCCGGGCCCGCCCGUCCCACCAUGGCGGCGGCCUUCACCGCCCUCCGUGUCCUGCUUGGGAUCUUCUUCUCCCUCGCGGGCGUCCUGAAGGUCUCGGACUGGUUCUCGGCCGACCUGCACCGGCACAUGGCAUCGGAGUUUGUGCGCUUUGCCAAGGUGUUUCCCUUGAGGGAGUUUGGGUUYGUGCCAGAGCCAGGCAGGUACCUGGUGACCGUGGGCUGGCUGGAGGUGACGGCCGGGCUGCUGCUGGCAUUUGGGCCCCAGCUACUGCAGGAGAUCAGCAACUUCAUCCUCAGCGUCAUCAUGAUCGGUGCCAUCUACACGCUGCUGGCGCUGCGGGAGCCRCUGUCCAUGUGCGCCCCAGCCACCGUCUGCCUCGGCCUCCUCCUGCUGCUCAACAUCCGCGGGUUCCCGACUGCGCCCCGGCCCAAGUUCCCGUGACCAGAGGCAGGAAGGAUGGGCGGCUCGGCCGGUGGGAAGCGAUGCCUGUAUGGUAUUUUCAGGGACGGCGUUGCAUCCUGCAGGAUAACUUGCUGCUGAGACACAGUGUGUCCUCUCCUGCCUCUGUCRAUGACUCUGGUGCUGGUUUUCCCCGUGCUGUGGGACCUGGGCUGGUGCUUUGGGAUGGUGGCUGUGGCACCCCUGUGACACUACCGUGGUGCUGCUCCRGCAGCUCCRUUGCUAAACUUGCACAAGGUGUCCRGCUCUUCCCAGCAUUUGGCCACACUGAGCAGGGGCUGGCUCUGUUCUCUCGGGGGCUUUCAAAUUUUGGAAUUAAAACCUCUUGUUUUUCA